GCCCCAAAGGCACCAUGGCUGCUCUAGGCAUCACGGUUGCCCUGUUAGUGUGGGUGGCCACCCUAAUGCUCAUCUCUAUUUGGAAGCAGAUCUACAACAGCUGGAAACUGCCCCCUGGCCCUUUCCCACUGCCCAUUAUUGGGAAUCUUCUUCAGUUGGACCUCAAGAAUGUUCCCAAAUCUUUAACUAAGUUGGCAGAGCGGUACGGGCCAGUGUUCACCGUGUACCUGGGCUCCCAGCGCACUGUGGUCCUGCAUGGCUAUAAGGCAGUGAAGGAAGUCCUGCUUGACUACAAGAAUGACUUUUCUGGCAGAGGAGAAAUCUUCGCAUUUGAGGCACACAAGGACAGAGGAAUUACUUUCAACAACGGGCCAAGCUGGAAGGACACCCGGCGCCUCUCCCUGAGCAUCCUCCGGGACUACGGCAUGGGGAAGCGUGCCAACGAGGAGCGGAUCCAGAGGGAGGUGCCCCUCCUGCUGGGGGCGCUCAGGGGGACCCAGGGCCAGCCCUUCGACCCCACCUUUCUCCUGGGCUACGCCCCCUGCAACGUCAUCUCCGACAUCCUCUUCCGCAAGCGCUUUGACUACACGGACCAGACGGGUCUGAGGAUACAGAAGCUGUUCAACGAGAACUUCUACCUGCUCAGCACCACCUGGCUCCAGUUUUAUAACAUUUUUCCGAACUAUCUGCGCUACCUACCUGGAAACCACAGAAAAGUAAUAAAAAAUGUGUAUGAAAUAAAAGGCUACACUUCAGCAAGAGUGAAGGAACACCAGGAGUCCCUGGACCCCAACUGCCCCCGCGACUUCACCGACCGCCUGCUCCUGAAGAUGCAGAAGGAAAAAUACAGUGCAGAGCCUUGGUGCACCUUGGACAACAUUGCUGCCACUGUAGCUGACCUGUUCUUUGCGGGUACAGAGACCACCAGCACCACUCUGAGAUACGGGCUCCUGAUCCUCAUGAAAUACCCAGAAAUUGAAGAGAAACUCCAUGAAGAAAUUGACAGGGUGAUUGGGCCAAGCCGAAUCCCUGCCAUCAAGGACAGGCUAGAGAUGCCCUACAUGGAUGCUGUGGUGCAUGAGAUUCAGCGAUUUAUCGAUCUCUUGCCCUCCAACCUGCCCCAUGAAGCAACCCGGGACACAGUGUUCAGAGGAUAUGUCAUCCCCAAGGGUACAGUUGUGAUCCCAACGCUGGACUCCCUCUUAUUUGACAACCAAGAAUUCCCUGAUCCAGAGAAGUUUAAUCCAGAGCACUUCCUGAAUGAAAGUGGAAAGUUCAAAUAUAGUGACUAUUUCAAGGCAUUUUCUGCAGGAAAGCGGGUGUGUGUUGGAGAAGGCCUGGCCCGCAUGGAAUUGUUCCUGUUCUUGUCUGCCAUUUUGCAGCACUUUAACCUGAAGUCUCUCGUUGACCCCAAGGAUAUUGACCUCAGUCCCAGCUUAAUUGGGUUUGCCAAAAUCCCACCCCGUUACAAACUCUGUGUCAUUCCCCGUUCAGAUGUGUGAGGCACACGUGACCUGAAGACCCCUGUCUUAGGCUCUUUGAUGCAAGCCUGGAGUCUUCCUGCUCCCCCAUAUCCCCUCAGGUGCCUCCAGGAAGACCCUACCUGUAUGGUCUCAUCAAGAGCCGUCAGAGCUUCCUGGGGAAUAAAUUGGGGGCUAGAGAUGCCUCUUUCCAGAGUCACAUUCAUCAGACAGAAUUUGACAGCAAAAAAAAAAGGUUGUGUACAACUAAUUAAACAAAUUGAAACAAUCUCUAUGACCUAGUUAAAUCUAUAUUCAAGCCCCUGGAAACAAGGGUGAGUGAGAUCACUGUAGUUUAAACACUUUUUCCGGGAAAGCAGAGCUACCCAGUCACCAAGGUUCACAAAAAGAUUCCUUUUUAGAAUGAAUAGAACAAAUGCUAUUGUGUUGUUUGAAAAAGGAAAGUAGUAUACCUUUGGAGUUUGUUAACCACAUCAAAAAUAUAUACCCUAGCAUCUGUCCUUUGGACAUGAAAUUGUCCCUUUGGACUCAUUUGUCAGCAUCCUUCUGGGCUAUAUUUUAAGAUUAAAAUAUGUCUGAAAAGUCAACAUAGACAUCUGUUAUUAUCUCUUAACACUAAAGUGUGACUUUAUACCUGGAAGAAAAAACUCUAGGCACAUGGGGACCCUGUGUGGAAUGAGGCAGAAAUGAGGAAAUUAUUAAUCAGUUCAGUGAACUAAACAAUGUUGGUAAACAGAAGAGGAAUUUGGAACAAGAGAGUUUCCCCCACCCCACUGGCACACACCAAAGCCCCCUGUGUGCUCAGCCUUCAUGCCCUGACCACCCGUCUGUGGGUGUGCUGGAAGCCCCUCUACUCAACAGGGUGUAAGGGCUGCACAGGUUAGGUGUGCAGAGCCUUUGGGACACCAUGUGGCACACAAAAGUCCUGCCUAAGUGUUCCUUAAUAAAACAAGUAAUGUUUCAAA